AUGGCAAGCAUUGUUGCUGCAGAGAGGCGAAGCAAAAGGAUUCUCGAGUUGGUGAGGCGGAGCCUGCAGGUCGACGAUGGGACUGCUGCGUACUACUUAUCUGUUACUAAAGUUUGUCGGGGGUGCAUUAUGGAGAAAAUAAAUGAUGAGGAGGUUGACUGUUGCCCAGUAUGCGACAUUGAUCUUGGUUGCGAUCCUGAAGAGAAACUCAGAUUCCAAAUUUGGAGGUUUGGUUCCAAAGGCCUAAGGACAUUGUUCGUAAACUUCAGUCAGGUACAAGAGGGUGAGGCAGCAGCUGAGGAAACAAAGAAGAGCAACCAUGUCAAGUGGAAGCUUGAGGAGCGUCAGAAGGGACGUGAGCUUGACGCUCACAUUGAAGAGCAAUUUGGCAGUGGAAGCUUGCUGGCGUGCAUUUCUUCCCGCCCGGGACAGUGUGGCCGAGCUGAUGGGUACAUCCUUGAGGGUAAAGAGCUUGAGUUCUACAUGAAGAAGCUUCAGCGCAAGAAGAGCAAGGGCGCUGCAGCUUACAGCAUUCUCAUGGAUGGUCCUCCGUGGAAAUGUGUGGCCUAUUAA